ACAGUUGAGUUAAGAAUGAAGUUUGAGUAAUUUUGCGAAAUUUGUAAUGGUCAAAAAAGAAGGUCUUCACACAAAUGGGAUUUGUAACUUCCUCGUAAAAACUGAUUCGAUUGAUGGGAUUUGGCUAAAAUCUUCAACUGAACAAUCAAUCUCCUUCCCCUUGACAGACCCGUCUUAAAACAAGUGCCGGAUUACCUCCUUCCUUUCCUCUCAACAACUAGAAGCGCUCGCUGGAAUUCCUCCUUCCUUCCUCUACAGGCGCCAACUUUAUAAUCAAUCAAUAAUAAUCAAGUAGCUUCAGCUUCCCAAGACGAUUUCUUUCCACAGAAAACGACUGUUUCGAUCGCCAGUCGCCAUUGCAUUACCCGCCAUGGACGUCGAUUUGCCGCUCGACAAGUUAUCUUUGAAAGCAAUAGCUAAGAAUUUUAUUGUCCAGUGAGAAGAUAUUUGUGGUUUUGGUGGCAACUGGAAGCUUCAAUCCUCCAACAUAUAUGCAUUUGCGUAUGUUUGAGCUGGCAAGAGAUGCUUUGAAUGCAGAGGGAAAUUGUGUGAUUGGAGGCUAUGUAUCACCUGUUAAUGAUGCAUACAAGAAAAGGGGACUUAUAUCUGCCAAGCAUCGUAUACAGAUGUGUAAUCUAGCCUGUGAAAGUUCAGAUUUUUUAAUGGUUGAUACAUGGGAGGCUAAACAAAACGCCUAUCAACGAACUUUAACUGUUUUAUCUAGAGUCAAAGACUUUUUGGUUGAGCAUGGACUGGUUUCCAGAGACUCCCUCAAGGUCAAGCUUGUCUGCGGAUCUGAUUUGCUGCAAUCUUUUAGCAUUCCUGGAUUUUGGAUCCGUGAGCAGAUCAAGAUCAUCUGCAAGGACUAUGGUGUGGUUUGCAUUCGAAGAGAAGGACAAGAUGUUGAGAAGAUCAUCUCUGAUGAUGAAAUCUUAAAUGAAUACAAGCAUAACAUCAAAGUUGUCGAUGAACUUGUACCGAACCUAAUCAGCUCAACCAGAAUGAGGGAAUGCAUUUCAAGGGGAUUGUCAAUAAAAUACUUGACUGCCGACAAAGUGAUCGAUUACAUCAAGGACUAUCAUUUGUACUUGAGCUCAGAUGACAAGGAAAGCCUUAAUUGUAAUGGAAGCAUGUAAGUAGGGUAUAGAUAAAUAUCUUCAUUGUUAAAAACCCUUACUAAUUUAAUUGAAGAAUCAUUUCUAAUAUGAAUCACAUUGUAUUGAUAUUGGUUUAGAUAUCUGUAUUGAUGAUAGAGCCAUUGAACUUCUUCA